AUGCCGUUGGCGCUGUCGCUGAUGGGGCGCGGGUAUGAUGUGGUCGGCAGCAAAACCACGCCGGACGGCGUCGAGGCCGCGCGCAUGAGCGGCAUCGAAUGCUAUCAACUGGAGCUGACGCCGGAGCUGGUGUGCGAUCCGGACGAUCUGGAAUCGCUGCUGCGUGUGGAUGCGCUGGUGGUGACGCUGCCCGCUCGCCGCACCGUCGAAGGCAGCGAGAACUAUUUCAAUGCGGUGCGCAUGCUGGUGGACAGCGCGAUGGCCUUCGGCGUGCCGCGGGUGAUCUUUACCAGUUCCACACUCGGUGUACGGCGAAACCGCCGGCACGCUGCGCGAAGAGUCGCCGCUGCGGCCGGUCUCGCCGUCGGCCGGGUGCUGGCCGAGCUGGAGCGCUGGCUGCAUGAAUUGCCGAACACCUCGGUGGACAUUCUGCGGCUGGCGGGGCUGGGGGUGAAUCUGGUGCACCAGGACGACGUCAUCGCCGCCAUCCAGCUGUUGCUGAAGCUGCCGAAGGGCGGUCACGUGUACAACCUGUGCGCGCCGCGUCAUCCGGCCAAACGCGAAUUUUAUCCGGCGCUGGCCGAGCAGCUGCACCUGGAGCCGCCGCAGUUCGCCGACGAAGCGGAGCAGGAUGAGCGGCUGGUGGACGGCAACCGCAUCUGCAACGAGCUGGGUUUUGAGUACCAGUAUCCCGAUCCGGCGCGCAUGCCGGUCAGUUAA